ACGCCGGGGCUGUCCGGGGCACCGGCCCAGCCGCGGGAGCCCGCGCUCAGGCUUCCGGCCAUGGGGCGGCGGGCCCUCGCGCGGCGGCCGCUGCUGGUGCUGGUGCUGCUGCUGCUGCCGCCGCCGCCGCUGCCCCGGGCGCUGCGCGGGGCGCCCUGCCCGGAGCCCUGCAGCUGCCCGCCCGACGGCGCCCUGCGCUGCCCCGGCCCGCGGCCCGGCCUCCGCCGACUAUCACUCACCUAUCUCCCUAUCAAAGUAAUCCCAUCUCAAGCUUUCAGAGGACUUAAUGAGGUCGUAAAAAUCGAAAUCUCUCAGAGUGAUUCCUUGGAAAAGAUAGAAGCUAAUGCCUUUGACAACCUCUUCAAUUUGUCUGAAAUACUGAUCCAGAACACUAAAAACCUGGUGUACAUUGAGCCUGGAGCAUUUACAAAUCUCCCCCGGUUAAAAUAUCUGAGCAUCUGUAACACAGGCAUCCGAAAGCUUCCAGAUGUUACGAAGAUUUUCUCCUCUGAAUUUAAUUUCAUUCUGGAAAUUUGUGAUAACUUACACAUAACCACCGUACCAGGAAAUGCUUUUCAAGGGAUGAAUAACGAAUCCAUAACACUAAAACUAUAUGGAAAUGGAUUUGAAGAAAUACAAAGUCACGCGUUCAAUGGGACGACGCUGAUUUCCCUGGAGCUAAAGGAAAACGCACACCUGGAGAAGAUGCACAAUGACGCCUUCCGGGGGGCCACGGGGCCUAGCAUCUUGGAUAUUUCUUCCACUAAACUGCAGGCCCUGCCUAGCUAUGGGCUGGAGUCCAUUCAGACACUAAUUGCCACAUCAUCCUAUUCUCUGAGAAAACUGCCAUCGAGAGAGAAAUUUACCAACCUCCUGGAUGCCACACUGACUUACCCCAGCCACUGCUGUGCUUUUAGAAACUUGCCAACAAAAGAGCAGAAUUUUUCAUUUUCCAUUUUUAAAAACUUUUCCAAACAAUGUGAAAGCACAGCAAGGAGACCAAAUAAUGAAACACUACUUUUGCAUGGGGCUCUACCUCCUAUUCAUUGCCUCAGUUGAUGCCCAAACCAAAGGCCAGUAUUAUAACCAUGCCAUAGACUGGCAGACAGGGAGUGGGUGUAGUGCUGCUGGCUUUUUCACUGUAUUUGCAAGUGAACUUUCUGUUUACACCCUCACAGUCAUCACACUAGAAAGAUGGCACACCAUCACCUAUGCUAUUCAGCUGGACCAAAAGCUGCGAUUAAGACAUGCCAUUCCGAUUAUGCUUGGAGGAUGGCUCUUUUCUACUCUAAUUGCUAUGUUGCCUCUUGUGGGUGUCAGCAAUUACAUGAAGGUCAGCAUUUGCCUCCCCAUGGAUGUGGAAACCACUCUCUCACAGGUCUACAUAUUAACCAUCCUGAUUCUCAAUGUGGUGGCCUUCAUCAUCAUCUGUGCUUGCUACAUUAAAAUUUAUUUUGCAGUUCAAAAUCCAGAGCUGAUGGCUACCAACAAAGACACAAAGAUUGCUAAGAAGAUGGCAGUCCUCAUCUUCACCGAUUUCACCUGCAUGGCACCAAUCUCUUUCUUUGCCAUCUCAGCUGCCUUCAAAGUGCCCCUUAUUACAGUAACCAACUCUAAGGUUUUACUGGUUCUUUUUUAUCCUGUCAACUCUUGUGCCAAUCCAUUCCUGUAUGCAAUUUUCACAAAGGCAUUCCGAAGGGAUUUCUUUCUGUUGCUGAGCAAAUUUGGCUGCUGUAAAUAUUGAGCUGAACUUUACAGAAGAAAGAACUUUUCAGCUUAUACCUCCAACUGCAAAAAUGGCUUCACUGGAUCAAAUAAGUCUCCCCGGUCUACCUUGAAGGUGACCACAUUACAACGCCAAUAUUCAGCUGUCCUGGACAAGACUUGCUGUAAGGAGUAUUAACUGUUAUAUCAAUAACCACAUUACUGAA